AGAAAUCCAAGCAUUUUUCGAAGACACGCCGUCGCUACAGUACAUGGCAUCUCAAGAAGAAAGUUGUGCUCUUAAGGUGGUCGGAAAAUCAUUUGGUAAUUCUGGCUAUGGGAUGCCUUUUCGACGGAAUUCGACCUGGUUACGACGAAUUACGACUGCACUCCGAAAGAUGCACGAAGAUGGCACGACCAGAAAGCUGAGCCAAAAAUGGCUGGAAUCAGGUUGUGUUUCGAAAGAUCCUAACACUGCCAACAAACUGGGACUAAGAGAUGAGAGCGGAUUGUUAUUGUUGCUGGCCGUC